AUGACGACAAGAAUCAUGGUCGGAGGUGAUUCAUGGUAUAUCUUCUUUUUGAAUCUUGUUAUUAUCUCGUUCUUGACCAAUUCAUUGAGUGGCGACGAAAGCGUCCGCAAGCCAGCAGAGGAGGCUCUCGCUCAGUGCGAGGCUAGGCCUGACUUUUGCUCUUGUCUCAUGGAGAUUAUUAGUGCCAAGCAUUUGGCCCCUCAGGUGGACGUUCGAUUGAUGGCUUCACUGUAUUUCAAGAAUAGUAUUAAUCGCUACUGGAGGAAAAGACGUGAUUCUUCGGGAAUCAGCAACGAGGAGAAAGUACAUCUGAGGCAAAAACUGGUAUCCCAUUUAAGAGAAGAAAACUAUCAGAUAGAUCUCACGUUGGCUGUGCUCAUCUCAAAAAUUGCUCGAAUUGAUUAUCCAGUAGAAUGGCCAGAUCUCUUUUCAGUUUUAGCACAACAACUUCAGUCAGCAGAUGUUCUCUCUUCUCACAGAAUCUUUUUGAUCCUCUUUCGAACCUUGAAAGAAUUGUCCACUAAGUGGCUAAUGGAUGGACAAAGGACCUUUGCACAGAUAUCAUCCCAUUUCUUUGAUUAUAGUUGGCAGCUUUGGAAAUGUGAUGUGCAGACCAUAUUACAUGGUUUCUCUACGCUUUCCCAGAGUUCAAAUGCUCUAGAGCAGCAUCAAGAGGAGCUUUAUCUUAUAUGUGAGCGAUGGCUGUUAUGCUUAAAGAUCAUAAGACAAUUAGUAAUUUCUGGAUAUCCAAGUGAUGCAAAAAGUGUGCAAGAGGUUAGACCAGUCAAGGAAGUUUCUCCUGUGAUCUUGAAUGUUGUUCAAUCAUUUCUUCCAUACUAUAAGAUUUUUCAGAAGGGACCCGCUAAAUUUUGGGACUUCAUAAAGAGAGCAUGCAUUAAAUUGAUGAAGGUUUUAAUUAAAAUUCAAGAAAUUCAUCCUUUUUCGUUCAGCGAUAAAAGUGUUCUUCCACUUGUCAUGGUUUUCUAUUUAAAUAAGAUAACAGAUCCCGAGCCAGAUGCAUUAUCAUUUGAGCAAUUUUUGAUACAAUGUAUGGUAAUGGUGAAAAGUGUGUUGGAAUGUAAAGAAUACAAGCGAAGUCUUACAGGUCGGGUAGUGGAAGAAAAUGGAGUAACACUAGAGCAGAUGAAGAAAGACAUAUCCAAUGCUGUUAAUGGUGUCCUAACUUCCCUCAUGCCAAGUGAUCGUAUACUACUCUUAUGUAAUGUGUUAAUAAGAAGGUACUUUGUUUUAACUCCUCAUGAUUUGGAGGAGUUGUACCACAACCCUGAAUCAUUUCAUCACGAGCAGGAUAUGAUUCAGUGGACGGAAAAAUUGAGGCCUUGUGCUGAGGCGUUGUACAUUGUUUUGUUUCAUAGCCAUAGCGAGCUUUUAGGUCCUCUUGUGGUUUCAAUUCUUCAAGAAGCAAUGAAUGGUUGCCCAACAUCAGUUACUGAAAUCACUCCAGGGCUGCUUCUGAAAGAUGCUGCUUAUGCUGCUGCUGCAUAUGUUUAUUAUGAGCUUUCAAAUUACAUGACCUUUAAAGAUUGGAUUCUUGAUGCAAACAAUUUCACUAGAGGGUUCCUUCUGACUCUCACUGAUCUCGUUGAAUGCUUCAACCAGGCAUUUUAG